AAUUCCCAAUUAUCUUCCAAAUCCGAAUAUUUUUCCAUUCCUACUAAUUAAUAAUCACACCGUUUUCUGCAAUUUCGUCUCAAUUUCUACCAACAUGAUUAUGGUAACAAAUGUUGCAAUGUCACAUUCAACAUCAUGAACGAUGUUUUAACGUCUUCAAGGUUUCAUUCACAUUUGUGAAGAUUUUCAUGUGAAUGGUGACACUGUUUUGUAAGAAUUGAAGAAAAACUUUUGUUUUUUGUGCUGAUUUCUACUGAUUUGAGGUGAUGGGUCGUUGCCCAUGUUUUGGGUCUAGAAAGAAGGAAAAAGAGAAAAACCUUAAUGGUCGUGAAGAUGAAGAGGCUGAUGUCAACAACCUUAAAUCUGUUGCGAAUGAAUCUGUUUCUGGAAGAUCUUUAGAACCGAAAUCAGAAGCUACACCAGCUGAGAAUAUCGACGGUUCUAAUAAGGCUCAGAUAUUCACCUUCAGAGAGCUUGCGACAGCAACAAAAAAUUUUAGGGACGAAACCUUCAUCGGACAAGGUGGAUUUGGAACUGUUUACAAAGGAAAGCUAGAUAAAACUAACCAGAUGGCCGCUGUUAAAAGACUUGAUACAACUGGUGUCCAAGGGGAGAAAGAAUUUCUAGUAGAGGUUCUCAUGCUCUCUCUUCUACACCAUCCCAACCUUGUUAACAUGAUCGGUUAUUGCGCUGAAGGCGACCAACGGCUUCUCGUGUAUGAAUACAUGCCUUUGGGAUCCUUAGAAUCUCAUCUCCAUGAUCUUUUUCCUGAUAAAGAACCGCUCGAUUGGAAUACCAGAAUGAUAAUAGCUGCUGGCGCGGCAAGGGGACUAAAUUAUCUGCACCAUGAAGCAAAGCCUUCUGUUAUAUACAGAGAUUUGAAAUCAUCCAACAUACUUUUGGAUGAAAAUUUUUGUCCAAAGCUUUCUGAUUUCGGGCUUGCGAAAUUCGGCCCGACGGGAGACCAAUCGUAUGUUGCCACUAGAGUCAUGGGAACACAUGGUUAUUGUGCACCUGAGUAUGCAACUACUGGAAAAUUAACAAUGAGAUCUGACAUCUAUAGUUUCGGAGUCGUGUUAUUGGAGCUAAUAACCGGACGUAGAGCGUAUGAUGAAAAUCGCGACCACGACAAGCAUCUCGUCGAUUGGGCGCGCCCGUUGUUCAGAGAGAAAAGUAAUUAUCCAAAACUAGCCGAUCCACAUCUGCAAGGUCACUUCCCUGUAUCGGGCCUAAGGAUGGCCAUUGAAAUGGCGUGCAUGUGUCUUCGGGAAGAGCCGCGUCACCGGCCUGGUGCAGGUGAUAUAGUAUUAGCCCUAGAUUACUUGUCAGCCAAGCAAUAUGUUCCAAGAGCAUCCGGAACAAUUAGCAUGGGAAGCAUGGACAUCGGAGACUCUCCAAAAGAACCAUCGAUGAUUUUGCCGAUCUUGCCUAAAGACUCGCUAAGAGAGCAAGCUGUUGCAGAGGCCAAACAAUGGGGGGAGACAUGGAGAGAAAAGAGAAAACAAAGUUGUGAAAAUAGUCCUGAGGAAAUAAGGACGUAACAAAAACUUUUUAUUUUCUUUUAGAUUCAACAUAAAAAAAAGAAAAAAAGAAAAAAGCAGAAGGAAGAUAAAAGGAAAUUUCUUUGAUGCAAGAUUAGAUUGUGGCUAGUGUCAACAAAGGUAUGAGAAAAUGUGAAGAAACUUCGAGAUAUUAACUGUAGCUAAAUAAAAUAGUUUGAUAGCUAUAAAUUAGAAGUGUUGUUUAGGAAAUUGAGAACAUGAAGUUCAACUUUACAUGUUUUGAGAUGAA